AUGGAAGCAUGGAGGGAUAUACACCGACACAACAGCACCCCCGAAACCCAGACAACAAAAAUUAAAAUAUUCACACAACUUUGGACCGUGGGCAACAUAUUCUCAUCAAGGACCGCCAACGACCUCACCUGGCACCUUGUUCCACCUCCAGCCCUGCUCCCCGAAGAUCUUGCGAGACACCCUCAUGUACCGGUAACACGACGGCCAACAUCAACCACCCCGGAUCAUCAAUCUCCGUCUUUACGACGGCCAAUACCAACCACCCCAGAUCAUCAAUCCCCGUCUUCACGACAACCAACACCAACCACCCCAGAUCAUCAAUCGUCGUCUUCUUCUGACAACAUCCUCAGAACAGCCGCAAGUCUAAGAACAUCAACGGACACAGCAACGUCCACCAACGAGGAGCUAAACCUAGGGAUCCAGCAGCUGUUUAAAGAAAUUGAACAAGAAAGGCGCAAUCAAAACGGUCAACAGAUCAUCACACACCCCCAUCCUCCCGAGGCCACCCUCUCCCUACGGCAACAACUCAUACACUAUGCUCGAAAUCACCAAACAGCGACGGCACCAGAUCUGCAACUCUACAUUUACGCGACCAUGGCGUACACGGAUAUAACGGAUGAAGACCUGUUUCGUCUCAUCGACAGCAGUUAUGGCAAUAGGCAAGGCUGGAGAGAGAGGUUAGAACUUCUAGUUACACACAGCACAGAUAUACGCCAGAACGGACCACAUUCCGAUGAAGACAUAGCGUAGUGGGCAGGCUAACAACAGAGCAGUAACCAAACUCUCACUCGUAGACAGAGGUUUUCGAAAGGAAAACAGUCUAAACGCAGAAUAAGCAAGUCAUCUUGCGUUACCAUCGCGUCUCUCGCGUUUGAAAAAGGGCACCAGCCGUUCGAUCUGCGGCUUGUGCGAUGUUUUUACCUCGAUACUUUAACCCCGCUGGGGUACUUUGCUCAUAUGGUAGAGCGCCUGAUUCGCAUUCAGGAGGUAUCGGGAUCGAUGCCCGUCUUCUCCAAAUUUAUUGCUACGGUUGAUUCUCUUUUGGAUGCCCAGAUUUUCCUGCCGGCCCUAGAAUAAUAUCCAUUUUAGGGCUUGCAGUUCAGCUCUCCAGUAUUUGGACCACAAACCCCUUCAACUCUCCCCCCCUCUCUUGUUGCACAUCAACAGGCGCAAUCUCGAAGCGUGCUUGGAACCAUGAGGGCUAAGUGGAAAAAGAAACGUAUGAGGAGACUGAAACGCAAGCGCCGCAAGAUGAGGCAAAGAUCUAAGUAGGCGACGCUUGUUCUCGCGAGAAGGUUGCGGAUCUCUUUGCACGGUGUUUAAGUCAAAUAUUUGAUGUAUGUGAACAUUGGCCGCCUCAUUAGAAACUUAAUUAUCUAGGAAUGCAUUUAGUUCUAGAGAUUAUCGCCUGCAAUCUGAAUUCAGCGAUGGUAUUAUUCGCUGAGCACGUAUGAUUCGACGACUAGCUUGUGCGGAUGUGCUAUUCUCAUACUGGUCGAUAUAUAAGCUGGCAUUCUGGAAAGAUGCUAUUCUCCGAUAAUAGUAUGUCUACGGGUGGUUCCUACAGACUUUGCACUUUGUUAUUCCUCAUAAAAUGAAUGGCUUUGCCUGUGGUCUUCAAAGAA